AUGGCCCAUGGACGGAUUGGAACAACAAUUCGGCUAUACAUACACUCCUGUCUCGCAGGCCGGAGCGCCGACCCGUGGAAUGGUCGGAGAGUUUCAAUGUGCUACUUACAAGGACGCUGUCAAUUGAUGCGCUUCCAACACCAUGGACCAGCUCAAUUGGAGGUCCCAUCGCCGGAGGAGAUGCGCUUCCAAAAGCAUGGUCCAGCUCAAUUGGAGGUCCCAUCGCCGGAGGAGAUGCGUUUCCAAAACCAUGGUCCAGCUCAAUCGGAGGUCCCAUCGCCGGAGGAGAUGCGCUUCCAACACCAUGGACCAGCUCAAUUGGAGGUCCCAUCGCCGGACGAGAUGCGCUUCCAAAACCAUGGUCCAGCUCAAUUGGAGGUCCCAUCGCCGGAGGAGAUGCGCUUCCAACACCAUGGACCAGCUCAAUUGGAGGUCCCAUCGCCGGAGGAGAUGCGCUUCCAAAAGCAUGGUCCAGCUCAAUUGGAGGUCCCAUCGCCGGACGAGAUGCGCUUCCAAAACCAUGGUCCAGCUCAAUUGGAGGUCCCAUCGCCGGAGGAGAUGCGCUUGAGAUAA